AUGUCAGCCAACAAGGAAACUAACCUUGUUCAGGCUUAUUCGGAAUUAAAUAAAUUCUGCCAAAGCGGAGACUAUGAGAGAGCUUUAAAAGCUGCAGGAAAAGUCCUGCAAAUUGCACCAAAUGAGCAAAAAGCAUUCCACUGUAAAGUGAUAUGCUUCAUCCAGCUUCACAACUUUAAGGAGGCACUAUCUGUUCUAUGCAACUCAAAAAAUGCUGUGUUGGCUGCUGAUUUGCAAUUUGAGAAGGCCUAUGCUCAAUACCGGCUGAAUUGCCCAAAGGAAGCUUUGGAAACUGUUGACAGUGUUCCAGAGCUGACACCAGCAUUAAAAGAACUCAGGGCUCAAAUUUUGUACCGUCUAGAGCAAUACCAAGAUUGCUAUAACCUUUAUCGAGACAUAGUUAAGAAUACCACUGAUGAUUAUGAAGAUGAAAGGAAAGCAAAUAUGUCAGCUGUGGUGGCCAACUUGGCUGCUCUCAACCCGUCAACUGAAUUACCAACAUUUGAAGAGAGCACCUAUGAGCUAUCCUACAAUGCUGGUACCACACUGGCUAUGCGCGGUAAAUACAAUGAGGCUUUGCCAGUACUGAAGAAAGCGGAGCAGGCAUGUUCUGAAAGUGUCAUUGACGAUGGUGGUACCGAAGAGGAGGCUAAGGAAGAAGCAGCUAUAAUUAGAGUGCAACAAGCAUAUUGCCAACAGCAAAUGGGUAAAGAAAAGGAGGCGGCUGCACUUUAUCAGAAUGUUUUGAAGGACAAGCCAUCUGACCAAGCUUUGAUUGCAAUUGCAAGCAAUAAUCUUGUUGUUAUCAAUAGAGACACGAACGUGUUCGACUCUCGCAAGCGCAUGAAGGCAGCGACGCAGGACGGGCUCGAGCACAAGCUGAACUCGCGGCAGCGCGCCGCCAUCGCGUACAACCAGGCCGUGCUCGCUAUAUACUCUAACCAGCCGGACUUCUGCAAACAAUGCUGUGUGAAACUCAACAAAGAAUUCAAUCAAGAUAAGAAGGCAGCGUUAGUAGAAGCUUCGUCUCUUGUGAAAGAAGGAAAGAGACCUCAAGCAGUGACAUUGUUGUUGAAGCAUGGGGGUCUUCUUACAUUGGCCGCAGUACAAGUGUUGUUGGCUCAGGGUGAUCGUAAAGCAGCGGUUAAAUUACUGGAAGAGAGCGAGUUCAAGUUCAGGCCCGGAGUCAUCGGGCUACUCUGCACUCUGCUUACUGCUGAUAAUGAAUACGAAAAAGCCUCUAAACUGUUUCUAGAUGCCUAUGAACAUUACAAGAAUGAUGAUGAGAAGCUGUCGUCGCUGCGGCACAUGUGGCGCGCGGCGGCGGACGCGCACGCGCGCGCCGGCGACGCCGCCGCCGCCGCGCAGGCGCACGAGGCGCUGGCGCGCGCCGCGCCGCAGGACAAGCGCAGCCUCGCGCGCCUCGUCAAGGCGCUCGGCGGCGACCCCGACCGCGCGCGGCAGCUCGCCGCCGGUCUGCCGCCUAUAUCGCAACUCGAGGGUAAGAUCGACGUGGACGCACUAGAGUCGUCUAAAUGGAUGAUGGGUGCUAAAGUUGUCAAAAAGACCGUACAGAGCAAGCAGGAACAGUCCCCUGGCACACCCGGUUCUGAAUUGGGUCAGAAGACGAAGGCUAAACGCAAGCGUAAGACCAAGUUGCCACCCAACGCUGACCUCUCCAGGCCUCCAGACCCAGAGAGAUGGCUGCCGAAGUACGAGCGCGCGGCGUACCGCAAGCGGCGCGGGCUGCGGCGCGACGUCAUCAAGGGCAGCCAGGGCAUGACCACCGCCGCCGUCGACCAGUACGACAUGAGCAAGCAAGCGCCGUCGCCCGCCGCCGCGUCGGCCGCCGCCGCGCGCUCCCCGCGCGUGGACAAGGGCGACAGCGCGUGGCGCAAGCAGCAGAAGAAAAAGGGCAAGGCUAAGGGCAAAUGG